GCAUCACCUCCACUCAGGAGCCACAGCAAGAAGAGGCAACCCAGUUCGUCGAGAGCUGUAAGGUCAAAGAAACAAUUCCAGCCGAGUCCUGACGAAACUACAGUUCCCGGCAUGCUCGGGGCGAAAGGAAGUGACGCGUCACAGAGCGAGAGGAGAGAGAAAGGCCGGUGCGCGCCCUAUGGACGUCGCCUGCUGAAUUGGAUGUGCCCACUGCAAGAAGAGAGGCGACUGGGUUCCGAGGCUCCGUGGGGCGACCAGCCCGGGGAGCGCUUUCCUCUUUGCCGCCGCCGUCGGGUGCAACCUUGAAGGAAAACUAAGAAAGUCCUCCACACUUCCUUUCCCCUUUAUGGGGUUCCUUGGAAGAAAGAACCAAAAACCCUGAAAACUUCAAAAGACGCCAAAACCGCCACAGGAGCUGCAAGGCCCGCCUCCAUUUCAGGGCAAGGCACAAAACCAUGGAAAAGGGUUUGGAAGGCCCAGGAAAAGUCCCGCGCAUUGUCCAGGUGAUGUAUUUUAAAGGGGGGCCAAGGCAGCCAAACCAACAGCCAGAACCGGCUUUACCCCAGCAGUGGGAAGCCCAGUGGCAGGAAUUUCUGAACACGCUGCAACCUGCCAACACGGGGUGGGGAAACCUCCAGUUAACCGAUAUGGCGCCCUGGGAUGACACUCGGGCCUUUCUGAUGGCCUUCGAACAAGUGGCCGAAGCUUGCCAGUGGCCCCGAGAAGAAUGGGUGCGCCAGCUGCUGCCAGCCUUGCGGGUAGGAAUGGAGCAAUCCUUCUUGAGACUGGAUGCCCGGGAUAGGAGCGACUACGCAAAGGUGAAGGCCGCCAUCCUGCGAGCAGAUGCUUUCCGUAUGGAAAUGAAACGCCAGCAUUUCCGGCAGUGCUGCUACCAGGAGCUGGAAGGACCCCGCAGGGUGUAUAGCCAACUCCAGGAUCUUUGCCGCCAGUGGUUGAAACCUGAGAGUCACACCAAGGAGCAGAUCCUAGAGAUGAUCAUCCAAGAACAGCUUCUGGGAAUGCUGCCCGCCGAAGCCCAGAACUGGGUGCGGGAAUGCGGGCCGAAGGACUGCGUCGAGAUGGUAGCGUUGGCAGAAGAAUUCCUGAUGGGUCAUCGUCACGCACCCAGGACCUCUGAUUGGCAGGCUCCUUUGCCAGAGGUCUCAGUUAGUUCCCUGGACCCAGAGGGGAGGCAGCACUACAACCCUGGAGCCAGUGAAAUGACACCCACAAGGAACUCGGUCUUAGGCCACCCAUCAACAGCUGGACUGGAAAUGGCUGAGACUGGAACCACUGAGGAGCCUGUACGUGUGAAGGAGGAAUUGGGUCUUGAUCAGAAGCCCUUACACUGGGAAGUCAUGCAUCGGAGUGGCGGCAGCUCCAGUGCUUUGGAAGGACUCCUGGUUCCUACACCCGAAGUCGACUCCCAAAUUGAUCAACCACAAGCCACCUUCCAGGAAAGGCCUGAACACGGGGACCAAAUUCCUGACGCCCUGUUUGGUGGAAGAAUCAUAGGGGAGAUCAAAAUAGAGACUUUUCAGCAGGCCAUUUCAGAGACAGAAGAUGACUUUGAGACCCUGCAAGAAGAAGAAUCCUCGGGCGCCACUUCCUUGAGUCCGGAGUCUUCCCUGCUUGAUCCCGAGAAACCACUGGGCGCAAGGCAGCAGGAAGAAAUGCAGAAGAAGAAAUGCACCCGACGUCGGAGAAGACCCUUUCAGAAAAAAAACAAAUAUUACCCACUGGAGAAGAAGCACACCUGUCUUGAGUGCGGACACAAAAGUUACUAUUACUCGGAUCUGCUAAGACACAUGAAAAGCCAUGCAGCAAAAGAGGUGUUCGAGUGUCUUGAAUGUGGGAAAACAUACCGAGGCAGGUCAUAUUUUGAGAAUCACCAGAAGAUUCACCUUCCGCUGGAUGAUACCAACAGACGCGUGAGAAGAACCGGGAUGAGAAACUCCAGCUUCCAAAUGAAAGAGGAAUACACCUGCUUUACAUGCGGCGUCGUUAAAAGUAGCCAUUCAGGACUCGCCGAACACAUGAAAGUCCACACAGAUGAGAGAUCUUACCAAUGUCCCGAGUGUGGCAAGUUGUUCAAGUGGCAAUCCAACAUGUGUCGGCACCGGAGACUCCACACCAACAGGAGGUUUUCCUCACGACAGUUAAUGCGCAGAGGUGCCAGUGAAUCUAAUCAGGGCCAAAGCAAUUCUACGCAGGAGCAAAAGUCCCCGCUGGAAUUGCUGGGAGAGCUCUCCACAGUUUCGCUGAUUGCUGUCAGCGAUGCUAACCCUGUUACCAGGCUGCAUCCGAGGAAGUCCCGAGAAGUGGAGCUCUCUCAAAUAUACGGGCUGAAAACCUUAAAGGUGAUGAUGAAGAAACUUCCGAGCCCUCAGAAAGGGAAAUCCAAGGGCCCCGAUGAUUGUGAUCGUAGAGCUACCGGGCUUUCCAAAACCAUUAAACGCAGGACCGUCCGUACAGGGGAGAGGUCCUACGAUUUCUCUGAUUGCGGGAAAGCCUUCGGCAGGCCAUCUCAUCUUUAUCAACAUGAGAAAGGCACUGCAUGUCGUAAAAAGAGGCCCAAUUCCGAUUCCAUUUUUGCAGAGGAGGAGAUUACCUGUCGAGGGGAGGAAGAGUCGAGAAGUACGGGUCCUCUGCAGCAAAAUAUCAAAUUGGAAGACGAAGCUGAUGAUCAACUUUCUCCGACGGUCUAUCAAGAGGAAGGACAAACGGCGAAUGAGGCCUCCGAACCCCAGAACAGGAAAAUGCACGCCUGCACAAAAUGCGGCUACCAAGCUGAAAAAUUAGCGGACAUUCUGAAGCAUUUCAGGGUCCAUAACAAGGAAAAACCUUACAGAUACCUGGACUGCGGGAACUCCUUUGGAUGGUCCUCAACCCUCAUGAAACAUCAGCAGACCCAUGUAGGCGGUCAGCAAACGCCGGCGCCCAACCUCGUUGUUGCCGAAUGCGACGUGACACUUAGUGAUGCCGAGGCGUUGAUUAACUUCUUAGCGAAGACGCCUCCCCGGCAAGAAGCGGGCUUGCAGAAUGGUCCGAAGAGGUCAUCCAAACGCUCCCCGGCUGCCGCUUCUCCAGGUUCUGCCCCUUCCAAGUUGAAGGCCUCGCUUCCCUUCCGUUCCAGAACGGAACGGACCACAACACAGUUCCGUUCCAAGGAACGGAACGGAAAAGGCAAAGCCGUCCCUUGCAAAAACAACGUGAAAAAAACCCGUUACGACGGUCUCGAGAAGAAACACGUGUGUCUGGAUUGCGGGCAUCGGACCUAUUUCCUGUCCGAUCUCGUGCGGCAUAAAAACAUUCACCCGAAAGGGAAGCCUUACAAGUGCCCGGAUUGCGAGAAAAUCUUCGUCCAACCUUCCUUCCUCAAACUUCAUCUGAAAACGCACAAGCCGGGGAGGAAACCCAUGAAAAGGCUAAAAGCCCCCCAAGGAGAGAGGAAAUACACCUGCUCCAAAUGCGGACACAAAACCUAUAAAUUGUCCACUCACCUCUUGCAUAUGAGAGCCCACGCGGGAGAAAGCGAGAAGUCGUACUUAUGUGACGAGUGUGGGAAAGAAUUCAAGAGGAGCUCGAAUCUUUCCAGGCACAAGCGAAUCCACAGCCUUAACAAAGAAGGCAUUAAGAUCCGAAGGCCCUCUUUCACGCAGGAUAAAGAGAUAAACAGAAAUUAUGAGGAACCAAAGAAAACCACUCGAGUCCAUCUGAAGAAAAUAGAAGGUCGAUCGGCAGCCUCAACCGCAUCGAACAUAGCGGCGUUGCGUAAACAUUGGCGCAAUUACAAGCGUCAGCAAAGGAAAAAGGCAGCCGAGAAACAGCAGAAGAUGGAAGAGAGCGCGAAGGAGAACAUCGAAGUGAAGGAAACGGAGGAGAAAUUUACUCCAGAACUAUCGCUCCGGGCCCGGCUGGAAAAAUUUGCCUAUUCCAAAAAUAGAGGAAAAGAGGACAGCCAGGAGAAACGAGCACCGGAUCCAAAAGUCUCAGCAGAGGAGCUGCAUCAGGAAUGUACUGUGUGUGGGAAGCACUUCACCUACGAUGGUCAGCUUACCGAUUCACCGGACACUGAAGCGAAACCUCACAGAUGCAACGAAUGUCGGAAAUGAUUUCCGAAGAGAAGAUUUGAUUUAACGCACGUGCUUGCACAGUAUACAUCGCUCGUGAAAGAAGACAGACGGCACUUCAAAACCACAUGGGACCUCUCUCCCGACGAACCUCUCCCUUCGGGCAGCUGAGAAGGCCGACUUGUCAAUCUUCCUGCCAGCACGGUUUGAUCCGCAGAGAUCAGCAACUUCUGAACAAGACGUUUGCCGCUGCUUGAUUUCUGCAGAUCAAACACCCAGUAACAAUAACUUGUCUUUUGGGGGGUAGGGGGGGCAGCUGCUGACUCUACCGUCUUCUUACAGGUCUUCUCCCCCCCACAAUCAGUCGUGUUGAUUUUCGUUUGAGCAUUUGGAAAGCUCAGAAAUGUUCUCCGGAGACAUUGUAGGGUGG